ACUCACUUAUCCAAUAUGUUUUACUACCCAGUUGUUUUAAGGCGAGGCACUGGAUGUUUUUCGACGAUUUGGCUGGCGGCGACCCGUGGCGUCAACGUUACUCGCCGCGAAUUGCUACAAGUCAAUGUUCCGCGAUCCUGUGACGACAUCAUGAGCUACAUCCUGGUACAGGUCCCGCCUCCUCAGCCCGGCAUGCCGCAGCCUCGCUUCUCCCUCUACUUGUCCUCCCAGCUGCAGUACGGCGUGGUGGUGGUCUACCAUCGCCAGUGUGGCAUGUUUCUGAAGGAGCUCCAGUCCCUUGUUGGCAAGCUGUUGAAGUAUAGAGCCAAGAAGCUGGACAUGGCGGACUUGAGCAGAAAAAAGAUGCUUUGCACAGACCCUCUGUCUCUUCUGGAUGAGAUCGAUGGGCCGCUGGACCCACUAUUUGGAGAGAUGGACCAGUUCAUACCAAGUCCCAGCACUCUAAUUCAGAUGGAGCAAACCCCCGAGCGACGAUCCUCUUCUACAGAGCUUGAAUCCCACCCGGAGCGCUCGGCUUCACCGAUGAGCAGACACACCGUGUCUCCAGAAAGCAUCACCAUCAAAGAGCCUGCUGCCAUAGUUUUCCCCGAGUUUUUGGGCCCAGACCUGGACGACGACGUCAACGUUACAAUUGAAGCUCUGCAGGCCCAGAUUGGCCACUUCCUGACCGGUGAGCCACCGUUUCCCAUGACGCCGGAAGGCAGGGCAAAGGUCAACUUCUCGUCUAUGCGUCCCUUUCCAACGGCAGAAGAUGCAGCAGAGGUGGAGCGAGCGAGGAAGACGACGCUUGGGGGAGAGGCCACAGAGACCGCCCUCACAGCGGAUCCCACGACGGCAUCCGACCGGGACCUCAUCUUGCCAACCCGGGAUGGAUCCUCGGGGAUGCCUCAACCCCUCGCUGAUCAAAUGACCCCCGUUGCUCCUCCCCCGCCAUCCUCGUCACCUCCGAUGGCUGCGGUGCCGGCUCCAGACAUGAAGGAUGCGCCCCGCCCAGAGGAGACACAGCCGAAGAAGAAGAGGAAGAGGGGGAGGCAACUGAUCUUCUUGGACCCGCAGACGCAGAUUCCCUACGAGGAGCUGGAGCAGCAGAUCAAGGACGACUUGUUUGCGACCAGGGUGCAGCAGCUCCUCUCGGUCGAGUCGCGCGGGCUGAAGACUGCUGAGGCGCUGCUCAGCCAGCCCUGCGGCUUUUUACCUGAAGAGUUAGACUCGCUCUGGACUCAGAACGCCACCGUCACGCCUCUCGACAGCAUCGAGCUGUGGCCCGUCGGCGAAGGCGCGGCCACCAGUAGUUCUGAGGAAGGGCGUGCGAUCGGGCCCGACGGCAGCAGCGUCGAGGUGCCGAGAGAAGGAACAGAACCCGAGGCGCCAGAAAUGUCAGGUUCUGGUUCACUUCCACUGGAGGUGUCCAACCGGCAGGAAUCCCCCAAACGCAUCUCCCCAAUCUGCCCACUUGAGCAAGAAAGCGUUUUGCAAGAUGGCGCCGCACUGGAGGGGAUCCCCGAGUUGCCGGAAGACAGGCCAUUGUGGAGCGAGCUGAAAGAUAGAACUCUGCUUUUUCAUUCUCUCCUUCCGCCAGAGCCCGACCGCAAGACUGUCAGCAACAUUUUCCAGAAGCUCCUUAAUAUUUUGGCGACUGGUACAUUGCGUGCAGAGCAGUUCGAACCAUACGGGGACAUCGUGGUCCAACUUGGUCCCAAGUACAACAAAGAUCUUCUGCCUGAGUGAAGCAUCUCCCCUUCUUCAAUCUGUUCAUUGUUCAUCGUAUCCGUUGUACAUUUUUUACACAUUCUGACUUUGGGAAUACUGGUUUAAAAGUCCCAAAAGGAAAUUUGGAAAUUGUAACACCAAGUAGUUGUUCGACAUUUUUUUACAACUUCGGAUUUUAUUCAAGAAUUUUUAUUCUUGUUUCAAGGCAAAAAAUGUCUUCUACAUUGUAUCAAAUGUAAUUGUUGUACGUUUUUACAUCUUAAAAGCGACCUGAUGUUUGUUACUUAUUGUAAAUGGCAAUGAGUUAAAAAAAAAAAGAAACUGCUGUUGUUUUUACGAUAGUCGCAGCAGGCAGAUUAUAAUAAUCUUGACAGUUUUUACAUGCCACGCAGUCUGUCCACUUUUUUUUUUUUUAAAGCGUAAGAAAUUCACUGUUAUCUUGACAUUCCCUCCAAUAAAGUUCAAUCCAAUGUGA